CGGGACGGUUGUCUAAUCGGAUUCGAAUUGGAAUCGGAAUAGCGGUUUACCGGAGAGCGGGCGCCUUUUUGUGUGCUUUUGAAAAAAGUUUGUUUGAAAAAAGAGUAAAGCAAUCGGCGCCGCCAAGUGUGCGCGAGUGUGAGUGUGUGUGCCUCUGUGUUUUUGUGUGUUUGCAAAUACAAAAGAAGCAGCAGCCCCAAGCCACAACAAAGUGUCGGCUUUUGCGGCGGCAGCGCAGUAGCAGCGACGCAGCAGAGCAGCGACGUCCAGUGCAUUUUGGUGCAAACUAAUUGUUGUUGUGAGAGCGAAUGUGUUUCAAUGAUGUUACUGCCUUCGGGGCGUUCGAAUAGUGAUGUCUAUCCGCUACAAAAUGCCGCCAACACAACUGGAGGAGCUGCAGCAGCAGGAACUGGGAGUGGGACUGGGAGUGGGGGUGGUGGCGCCACAGCGAAGCCGAAACCCUUGCUACUGACACGAACAUCAUCGCCACAAUUGACAACGCUGCCGACAACAAAUGGCUCCGUUGUCCAUGCCACGCCCACCCGCUCGAACGGAUGUCCAACGCCCCAGACCCAUUCCCAAUCUCAAUCCCAAUCCUCGGGAAUGCCGGCAACAAUGGCAACACAACUUGCCACAUCAUCGGCAACAGCAACAACGUUAACAACCGGAACGGAGGCAACAACUACAACAAAUCCAGAGCAGGGAAUCGGAAUCGGAAUUGGAAGUGGGAUCGGAAUCGGGGGUGCCACCACUGGCAACGGGAUCUAUGGGCCACUUCUGGGUCAAAGUCAUGCAACUGGCAUCCCCGGAAAUUGGCCAGAGAUUGAUGGACACUUGGAGGCCAUUCAGGAGAAGCUCAAGCCCGGCUGGAGCGUCCAUGUGGGCAAGGAGGGCAGGCUCUACUACUGCAAUCACAUGACGCAAACUGCGGGUUGGCUGCCUGCCUGCGAGGAUUGGAGCAAACACGAGGAGCUCUCUUAUGGAUGGGAGCGUGCCAUAGACUCCAAGGGUCGUUCCUACUAUAUAAACCACCUCAACAAAACGACCACCUACGAGGCACCCGAGUGCAUCCGAUGGGAUGAACAUCCUCCGGAACCCCGCCAAGUUCAGCUUCAAAGGAACGCCAGCCUGGGAUUCGGAUUCGUUGCUGGGAGUGAACGUCCUGUAAUCGUGAGAUUUGUGACUGAGGGAGGUCCUAGCAUUGGAAAACUUCAGCCAGGCGAUCAAAUCCUUGCGGUUAAUGGGGAAGAUGUAAAGGAUGCCCCGCGGGAUCAUGUCAUCCAGUUGGUGCGAGCUUGCGAAUCGCAGGUGAAUCUCCUCGUGUGCCAACCCAUGGCGCACUGCGUCCUUCCGGGCAGGAAGUCCACUCUCCUCUCCGCGGGGAAACGAGCCAAGCUGAGAUCGCGUCCUAGUCGAGUCAGAUUCGCCGAGAGUGUGUGCGUCAAUGGAGCGCCACUGUUUCCGCCAUCUGCCUUCUCGCUGGGCGACAUCUGCGUGCCCCCGAUGGCCAAUGUGCUGAAGGUGUUCCUCGAGAACGGACAGACCAAGUCGUUCAAGUACGAUGCCACCACAACGGUUCAGGAUGUGGUUAGCUCCCUGCUCGACAAACUCUGUCUCUGCUGCGGCGAACUGUUCAGCUUGGUGCUGGAGCACGUGAAGAGCCUCAAGCGGAACAAGCUCACCCUGCUCGACCCCCAGGAGUCCCUCGCCAGGAUUGCCGCUCGACCGGGAGCUCACAAGUUGAGGUGCCUGUUCCGCAUCACUUUUGUGCCCAUUUCGGCUGCGGAGUUGGCUCAGCGGGAUCUGCAUGCUCUGGACUACCUGUACUUGCAGUGCUGCAACGAUGUCAACCAGGAGAGAUUCGCACCCGAGUUGCAACCGGAAUUGGCCCUCCGAUUGGCCGCACUCCACAUGCACCAGCACGCAUUGGCCAACAACUUUGCGCCCGCCAAGCUCACUGUUAAGCAGGUCGAACGCGAGUUCGGACUGGAGCGCUUCGUGCCAGUGAGCCUUUUCGAGGGCAUGAAGCGGAAGGAACUGCGCCGGCUGAUUUCCCACUUCCUCAAGCUCAACGCCGAGAUGACUGGAUCCUCCAGCAAGGUUCUCACACAGCUGCAGGCCAAACUGCAUUAUCUAGAUAUAAUCGCCAGCUUACCAAGCUACGGAGCCAAAUGUUUCAGCACAAACCAAAGAGAGGGCGUCGAGCGCGUCCUUCUGGUGAGUCCGCGCUUCGGACUCAGCCAGAUAUCCAGUGCACGCAAUUCGGUGCCCCAACCUAUUUCCGCCAUCGAGGACUUCACCCAUGUGGUGGUCAACCGAGAGGACGAUGUGACCUGCAGUGUAUCCAUAUUCAUGCUGGGCGACCGAGCUGUGAAGUUCAUCAUGGAGGAUCGCGAUGGCUGCGAGUUUAGUCUGGUUCUGGGAGGUUACUACAGAUUGCUAACAGGUAACGUGUUAAGCAUUCUGCGGGAAAGAGAUCCGAAUGACGAGGACAACUCGCCUGGUUUUCUAUCCCAGCACACAGUGCUUCCUGCGGGUUGGAGCUACCUGCUUCCUUUUCACACUCGAGCACACAGUGUCAACUUCCUGAUGGCGCCGCCAUAUCAUCCUCUGGUCCAGAGGCCUCAACUGCAGCAACAAACCUCCAUUCAGGGACCUCCUUCGAUGCCGUACGUAAUGGACUUGGAUCUGCACAGUGUUAUGGCCACGGAACUACUGGAGGAGGCAGCCAAGGACUCGGGUCUUAGUGACAGCAGUGGUAGCAACUACUGCGAGGGAAGAACCCACACGGGCAGCCACCAAUUGGAGGCCAAGAACGAGCAGGUUUUGCGGCGGGUUCAGGAAUUGCAACACCUCGUUCAAACCUCCGAGCAAUAUUUGAGUGAACAGGAACAGGGAGGCGUUGGCGGGGGAGGCGUGGCCAUGCUGGAGUUCGACUCCGAUUGCGAUAGUCUCAACAGCAGCAAGGUUUCCUCGACGGAGGAGUCGCAGGGUGGAGUGAUCCUGGGUCCAGGAGUGACCAUUCCACCAGGACAUCCGCUGAAACACAGUGAUUCCCUGACUCUCCUGGCGGAGACCAUAAACCACGAACUGAGUGGGAUUACCCAAGGAUUGAAUGCCAUACCCGAGACUGCUCCGGUUUCCACAUCCGCUCCUGCAACGCCAGCCACUCCGAAGAGGAAGCCCAGUUUGUGCAGCACCUCCAGUCCGCGACCCCAAAGGAAGCUGAAUGGCUUCAGUCAGCUGUUGAGUGACUUGCAGGCCUUGGGAACGGACUUCUCGCAGAGUGAAAGCGAUUCGGAGUCGGUGGCAUCGCCUGCUCAGUCCCCGACGACCAGGAGACCGCAGAUGAUGCUCCUCCAGGCGGCGGGAUCGGGAUCGGGAUCAGCUAUCCCAGCCAAGCAGCAGCUCUCGCAGAGGAGCAGCUUCGGCCUCCACAGUCCCGAUGGAACGCAUUUCGGUGCGGAGACCAAGGACUACAACCUGCGGGAGUACCUGCAGCAGCUCAAGGAGAUCAGCAAUGCGGCAGCUGCGGACACGGAUGUGGCUGCCCGCCAGCUGUCCGAAAUCUAUGGCUUCGAGGUGCGGGAGGACACCUUCAUCGAAACCGAUUCGGAUCUCAUCGAUCUACGUGCCAUUCCGCCACCCCAGACCCCCGAUGAGCUGGACUCGCUCUCCCUGAUGAACGCCGCUCCCCCAAAAGGAUUCGAGGGAAAGGCCGAAGAGUUGGAUAGCUUCCUGCAGCAAAUAAUGGUGGCACCACCCACGCAGAAGGCCACGCCCGCCAAGGAACUCACGCCCGAGGAGAUCAUGUCGUUCAUCAUACCACCACCUCCCAAUUUGGAGCAGCAGCAGGUGGUGCAACCGGUAGUUCAACCGGUGGUGCAAUCGGUGGUGCAACCUGUGGAAACGGAGUGUCUGUACAGCAACUCCGUGCAAGCAAAGCGGGAGUUCUUCCAAUCCGUGGCCAAUGGAAGCAAUAAUGGCAGCACCACCCAUUCCCCACACGUAAUAGAAUACGCCACCGUGGAACGGAAGAGCAAGUUCAGCUGCUGUCCCACCAGCAAAAAGGAGGAGCUGCCGCAGGAGGAGGAGGAGGUGCAACCACCGCCGAGGACACCAACCGCCGAGCAACUUUCACCGCCGCCGGCGAGACCACCAAAGAGUGCGGAGCUACUGCAGCGUUACUCCCCGAAAAAGCAGGUGAGGAUCGUCGCCAGUCCGGUGGUGCCAACGCAGGAGCGACGGGAUCUCUGUCCACCGCAGUUGCCGCCGCGUGGAAGUCCCACAUUGGAGGGAACUCAACAGCAGGGCAGUCCCACAAAUCUGGUGAGUGGACCCAAGAAACCCCCGCUGCCGCCGAUCGCCAAUCGACCGCGUCCCUUGAAUGGAGUCAAUCCGAAUCAGAGUCCAAACCCGAACACCUCGUCACCCGGAUGCGCACCACCCGCCCACUAUUCACCACCCAUACCGGCCACCGUUCGCCUGCCCCACUUGAACCAGGCCAACGGCUGCACCACUCCUGUGCUUCCCAAGAAACCGCAGCAGCUGCACGGCGAGAAGUUGUUCAUCAAGAAUGGCCAUCUCAUCGAUGGCGAGGCGCUCUUGGCCAAAACGGAUGUGGCCAUGGCGGGAUUGCUCAUCAAACUGGACCAAGUGGCCGCCCAGUGUUCGGUGGCUCAGGCAGCUGGCGGGGGAACCUCCAUCGAUGAGGAGAAGUUCCAGCGAGCGAGGAACGAGCUAACCGAACAGACUUUGGCUUUGGUCACGGCCAGUAAGUUCCUGGUGGCUUCCAUGUCGGACAUGACGUUGAUUACGCUCCCAGAGCACCUGACCUCCUGCCUGACAGCCAUUCGAAGGAUCACCGAACUGGCGCAGGACAUGACGAGACACACAUCCGCUCCUCUGCAGACCAGGAAUAUAGUGCUCAAAGUUCACGACGUGGCGAGCAGUUUUAGGGAGCUGGUGGGCGUGGAGAUCGGACCCAUUGGAGCGGGUCCGUUGGCCCUGCAGGCCGAGUGCUUGGCCAAUGUGCUGGCCACCUUGCUGCGAUCCCUGCGCGUGUUUUCUCCAUAACCCCGCGAGAUCGAGGCAAGCGGAAGCGGAAGUGGAGAGGAAUGCGAAGCUGCUGGCAGAAACGGAAGUGAAACCCAAACCAAUCCCGACAUAUCGCACCCUGCUCGUCUCUCUAUGUGUAAAUCCCCUUACACCACCUACGUCUAGAUGUGCAUGGAGAUCCAAAAUAAUACGAGUAUAUUAUAUCCCCAAAUACAUCACAUCUCGAAACUAAUUCACAGGUCAAAGGUCGCGUCAGAGAGUCGAUGGUCUGAUGGCUCCUUAGGCUUAAUCCUCGCCUGCAACUAAUAUCGAAUGGAAUGCGAAGUGGAAGCUCAAACGAGAGGAUCGUAGAUGGUGUGGUUGGAUGUGCUUUUAGGUCCUAGGGAUGUAUGCCAAUCUACAUAUCGCACACUUUGAUGGCAUUGUAAGUUUUUAGGGGUGCCGACAUAUCUCAAACUAGAUUUCCUACAAACCGAUUUUGAAAAGAUAUAUAGAAGAGACUUCUUAAAACGCUUUAAGAGUUUUUUUUAUUACAUUUUUUGCAUUUACAAACAAAAAAAAGUUACCCAAACCAAUAACUAUUUUAAACCUUAUUCUUCUAAAAGAUUUUUCUAAACUUGUUCCUUUUCGAUUUUUUUUAAAAUUUUUUUUUUAAAAGUAAGGCUUUUUUGAGAUAAUUUUAGAAACCAUAUUGUACAUUUUGGGUGCCUUAAAAUAUUCCUUUAAGAUUUAAACCUUUCUUGAAGCUCAAUGUAGACCUAAUUAUCAUAUCGAAAAACAUAUAUAUUAUUAGCACAGGCCACCACAUCGCUACGAACCUCACAAGAAUAUCUUUUAUAUUUAAUGAAAACGAUUUAUAAUUCUAAAUCACUCUCAACUUAACGCAUGCAACUAACUCGAAUUUCUAUGUAAUCUCCUAAAAUCAACUAUUUUUAACUAUAUGUACUCACAUAUCUCUCUCGAAUCGUUAGAACUGCUCUGUAUACCAAACCAUGGAACCAGAUCCCGAACCGAUCCCUCUUCCCAAAAUCAUUAAACCGAUUUAAUGAGACACCAUGACUUGAUUAUCUAGACCAAUUUAUAUGAGAAACUAACGGAAAUAUGUUUAUUAAAUUAUGCUAUUAGUAUAUUUUCUUAUGUACAUAAUUUACACACAUACCUAAUACCCUAUAUAUACAAGUACUAUAUAUAAAUAUUAAAAUAAAAUUGACCAAACAAUAAUCAAAAUUUUAACUUGUGAUAUAAAAAAAAAAUGGAAAAGUAAAAGCAAACAAGAAUAAUUAAUGAGAAUACAACUUUUACAUUUUCUUUGUUUUAACAACAAAUGUUUUAACUGGAUUAUUUAAUACGUUCGUUGUUGUUAGAAAACGAUCAACUUUUUUGUUAUUGUUUAUGUGUCAUACUUUUGUUGUAGUUGUUGGCGAAGUACAAGAAUGCGCACUAAGUUGUAGCUUUAACUAAUUAUAUUAUUAUAUACAAUAUGGUUAAACAUUAAUCAAGGGAAGCCGAUAAUAAAGUAUAAUCCGUUUAAAAUAUGACUAAUCGAUAACCAAUUGUUUUCAUUUUGUUUAAUAAUUUUUUGUUGAGACAAGCACACACAUACGCAUAGUAAAAAUACCCAUAUGAUAUACACAAACAAGAAUUAUACAAGUAUGAACUAAAAUUAAUAAUACUAAAUAAGUAAAACAUAAUCAAAUGUACAAUGUAAAACAAUGUAACUGUUUAUGAUUUAAUGAAGAAAACAUUCAAAAUGCAUAUGAAAUUGUAUGGAAUAAUUCAAUAAAUAAACCAAAGUAAUAUAAAGAUA